GUGGUGUGGGAUUUGACUUGAAAGUGUUUCCCUGAGUUAGAGGCUAAUGAAAGAGGGCGUUUGACCUACAUAGAUCGAGAGAGUAAAGGAAAUCAUCAAGGAACCAAAGUACAGUAGGCCAUUGCAGUUAGGGCUGCAACAUGGCGUGCAUUUCAGUGAAACCACUCCUGGUACUGUGCUAUAUCGGUCUCUUCAACGGAAUCAUAGUAGCCAUCAACAUGGUGGAUCAAUCGUUGCCCGCACCACGAGGCUUCAAUUUUCCACAAGAAGAUGGCUCCCCUGCUAACGACCUGACACGACAGGCCCCACUGAACGUGAGCAACGGAAUAACGAGCGGUGUGCUGACGGGUGUCGUCCCAAUACCGACCGGUGGCAUUGCACCUAAUAUCGUUAACCCAGGUACAGUGGUCAGUGGGCAGACCUGCAUCUGUGUACCAACGGGACGCUGUAGUGCUUCGAUUGGAACUGGUACUUCCACCGACGGUGCUGGUCAGCUGGAUGUUAGAAUUGUAUCGAAUCCUAGUGCCAAUACGGGCGUUACCUUGACAACGGCGACAACCACAACGGCUGCUAGCCAGGUUCUCUCAUUAAACAUCGUGUCACCGAGCACAUGCCAGUCGGGACUGGAGCGAUGCUGUCUGGCCGGUAGCUAUCCGUGUGGUUUACAGUAUCCCCCCGUUGCUAAUGCACCGGUCGUUUCGGCCAAUCAGGCCAGCUAUGGUGAGUAUCCGUGGCAGGUGGUGCUUCUUGGCCCCGGCGACGUUUACGUCGGUUCCGGUGCACUAAUCAACGCGAAUCACGUCAUUACGGCUGCCCAUAAGAUAUCGGAUUACACGUACGUUCCGUCGUCUUCGGUGUCCCCAUGUCCACGAUUGACCAUCCAUCGUUCACUUAUUGCUGUUUGCAGUUCUGGAACGCGGGCAUUGAAGGUGCGGUUGGGUGAAUGGGAUGCCGCAUCCACCAGGGAACCACUACCGACACAGGAGUUCACGGUUACGCGCUACUUCGUGCAUCCAAGCUUCAGCUCGGCCAACCUUCGCAACGACAUUGCCCUGCUACGACUCUCCGGUACGGUCACCCUCGGGACGGUACCGACCAUCACGACCGCCUGUCUACCGGUCACCUCGUUCGUUGGUAGCCGUUGCUGGGUUUCCGGUUGGGGUAAGAACGAUUUCGUCAGCGGAGCAUUCCAAUCCAUUCCCAAGGAAGUCGACGUGCCGGUGGUAGCGACCGCUAACUGCCAAGCGGCACUCCGUACGACGAGACUUGGACCAAACUUUGUACUCGAUCCGACCAGCUUCCUCUGUGCCGGUGGUGAGCUUGGGAAGGAUGCAUGUACGGGUGACGGCGGAUCUCCGUUGGUCUGUGCUCUCAAUGGGCGCUUCUAUGUAGUAGGCCUGGUGUCCUGGGGUAUCGGGUGCGGUGCAAAUGGUAUCCCGGGCGUGUACGUUAACGUUGCUUCUUACAUCUCAUGGAUUACGAGCACUAUCGCCACCAUUUAAUCCCCUGCCCCGGGGUAGGUCCGGUUGUUCAACGCGCACACACAGAAUCAACGAAACACACGAACAAACAACGAACAGCUACCAUAGCCAACUACUAGAGCACGGACGAGAGAGGUCGUUACGUAUCGUGAUAUUUACAG